GUCACGCUGGCUGCUUUUCAGAGUACAUGGAAUGAAGAUCAAUUUUUAAUGCAGCGGGGAAGCUGAUGGCUUUUCGUCUUCUGUAGCUGCUUUUGAAAAUUUCAUCGUCUUGAGAUGAGUUGGUCAUUUUUACGUGAUAUCUUGAGCGGAGUAAAUAAAUAUUCCACGGGCAUUGGAAGAAUCUGGCUUUCAGUAGUGUUCAUAUUCCGACUAUUGGUGUAUGUUGUUGCAGCAGAAGCUGUGUGGAAAGAUGAGCAGAAAGAAUUCGAGUGCAACAUCAGACAGCCUGGGUGUGAAAAUGUCUGCUUUGAUCAUUUCUUUCCCAUCUCCCAAGUGCGGCUUUGGGCUCUACAGCUGAUUAUGGUGUCAACACCCUCGCUUCUUGUUGUUCUUCAUGUUGCCUAUCGGGAAAGCAGGGAGAAGAGGCACAACAAGAAGCUGUAUGCCAACACGGGGGACAUGGAUGGUGGAUUAUGGUGCACAUAUGUCAUAAGUCUUCUCUUCAAGACGAUAUUAGAAUUUGGCUUUCUUUUACUUUUCUACAAACUGUAUGGUGGGUUCAGUGUACCACGACUAGUGAAAUGUGACAUGGAACCCUGUCCCAAUGUUGUGGACUGCUAUAUCUCCAAACCUACAGAGAAGAAGAUUUUUCUGUAUUUCGUGGUUGUAACCUCAGGACUUUGCAUUUUGCUUAAUGUCAGCGAGCUAUUUUACCUGAUUUUCAAAUAUUGUACAAAAUUCUACAUGAAAAAACAGGCAACCAGAAUGGCGCAGGCAAGUUGCGAUUGCAAGAACCACCAACAUAAUGUAAUACCAAUUAUAUCUGAACAGGCAGGCAAUGGUGCACUUGAUAUUUAAAAGCUACACAUAACUCAUUACCAGGGGUGUCCGGGCCCAACCAGGACUGCGACUUCAAGGGCCGUCCUCCUGGUGCCCAACCUGGUACAGCUAAGCCCCUCCCUCCUGAUUGCUACUGUGUAAUUCCCUCCUUUUUAAUUUGUGCCUGUUAUUGGGUCAGGGUGGGGAAGAGGUCCAUAUGGGAAGCGGGUCUGGGUCGAUGGGGCCUAUAAAGCCAGGUUUAUUCCUGGGGUCCUGCACUAGCCCAGUUGGACACUGCAGGACAUUACUGGGACAAUGCAAGAUAUUAAAAAAAUACAUAGUGCUAAUCAAUAGAAAUGCUGAUGUCUAACUGCCACUCCAUUCACCUGGUAAAGGAUUUUUCCUUACAUCAUUAAUUUGUUUACCGAUUCAACAGUGAGAUCAAGGUCUGAACUGUAUGUAUUUUUAUUAAAUAUAUAUAUAUACUGA